AUGGUUAAUAUGCGGACAGCUGGGAUAGUCAAGAUUGGGCCACUCCUUGGAACUCCAGAAGCAGGGAGGGUUUCUGCCCAAACUAACGACCGGCUACUUUUUGUAACCUAUUCGAGAUUCAACAAGCAAUAUGGAAGUCCCAAACAGAUCAACGUGGACUUGGAAUUGGGCCGUAACAGUUUGGGUGUUAAUGCUUACGGUUUAGUCUGGUGUGUGGAGGACUGUAACAAACUGAGCCAAAUUGGAAGUUGUUUGAGCUUGCUUCAUGAUAUUCUCUCUUCGAAUAUUGCCUCAGUACGCGAUUUCAAUUUAUGGUUCAGAAAUUAG